AUGGCCAGCAGUACGGAGGAAUACAAGUUCGAGGGCUGGCUCGGCCACGAUAAGCAGUCCGUUGAAGGCAAGAUGGCCUGGGGCGACUUCGAGCCAAAGGCAUGGGAGGAGACCGAUGUCGAUAUCAAAAUCACACACAGCGGCAUAUGCGGAACAGAUCUGCACAUGCUGCGAAGCGGCUGGGGCCCAACACCCUAUCCCGUCUGUGUCGGACACGAGAUCGUCGGCGUAGCCGUGCGAGUCGGCAAUCAAGUAUCACAUAUCAAGACCGGAGAUCGGGUCGGCGUCGGCGCACAAGGGGACAGCUGUCAGUGCCGAAAAGAUCUUAAUGGCGAGGACUGCUCUGGGUGUGACGCCUGCGCGACGAGCGCCGAGAACUACUGCCCGCGAAUGGUCCAGACAUACGGGGGUUUCCAUUUCAAUGGUGACAAGAGCAUGGGAGGCUUUGGUCGCUACUAUCGAGGACCGGCUCAUUUUGCCGUACCGAUACCCGAUGGUGUGCCUUCGGAGAUCGCGGCGCCAAUGCUGUGCGGCGGCGUUACAGUCUACAGCCCGUUGGUACAUUUUGGCGGCGGUGGAAAGACGGGCGAGGGAGCGCUGAAAGGCAAGGCCAUCGGCAUUGUCGGUGUUGGUGGUUUAGGUCAUUUUGCAGUCCUCUUCGCUAAAGCGCUCGGCGCGGAGAAGGUCAUUGGUAUCUCAAGGAGGGGCAACAAGCGAGAGGAUGCCCUGAAGCUUGGGUGUGAUGAUUAUAUCGCAACAAGCGAGGAUCAUGACUGGACAAAGAAGCAUUUCCGCUCCCUGGACCUUAUCAUAAGCACGGUUUCAUCCUCUCAGGUUCCAUUGGGCGACUACCUCUCGCUACUGAGACGCGAUGGCAUCUUAUGCCAGGUAGGCAAUCCAGAUGACGGUGUUUACAAUGUGCCGGCGCCGGCGUUGAUUCUGAACCGCGUUCGCAUGACUGGCUCAUGUAUUGGGUCGCCCAGCGAGCUUCGAGAGAUGCUGGCCUUGGCCGAGAAGAAGAACAUCAGGCCCUGGAUCGUCAAGCGCCCGAUGUCCGAAGCCAACCAGGCGAUUGUGGACCUUGAGGCAGGCAAGGCACGAUACCGAUAUGUGCUUGAGAAUUAG